AAAAAAAAAAAAAAAAAAAAAAAAAAGCCAAUCCCUCAUUCCCCUUGAAGCCCAUGUUGUUAUACAAACGGCCUGAAAAGCACUCAAUGGCUGUUCAUUGCUAUCCCUUGUCAGCGCAUAGUCGAUGUUUACUGCUGCUUCAUCUGUUCCUGGUGUUUGAGCUCCAGCUACAAAGGUACGAUUGGAGAGUAACUUCAGGCCCGGUGGAACUGACCCGGGAACCUGUCCAGUGGAAGCGAUUGAGUGUAGGGCAAAAAGACCGAUUCGAUGCCCUGAGGCUCCAUGAUCUGUCACCACUCGUUUCUCCCCUCUGGGUCUUCUUCAAUUCAGUCUGAUUGCCUGGCCGUUCCCCGCCCCGCCCCAAGACCCAAGCUUUUCGUCGACCGUAUCGAGGAUUGAUUUCCCCAUUGACUACGGAGGAGAGUGGCAAACUCUAUAAAUGUAU